AUGGCUGAAGCAUCCUCCUGCACCGUAUAUAUAACAUCCGGCCCCAUCCGUGGCACAGUAACACCCCUUCCCGAUGGUUCCGGUCCGUGCUACACCUUCAAAGGCAUCCCGUAUGCUGUUCCGCCCGUCGGACCGUUACGCUUUCAACCACCACAACCGCUAACACACCACUCGAACGACGGGCAAGCCGCGCUGGACUGUACGCGAGAGCGUGCGGUGAGUUUGGCCAGCAGCUACCUGCCACCGAACCCGCCCCUCGCCUCCGAAGACUGUUUGUAUUUGAAUGUUUACACACCGAAAAACCCAACCCCUUUGGACGGUUCCUCCGAUCUGCCCGUAAUGGUGUGGCUGCACGGUGGCGCCUUCUGCACCGGAAGUGGCGACUCGUCCAUUUACCAUCCCGAGUGGUUGGUGGCGCUGGGGCCCGCCGUCGUCGUGACGGUAAACUAUCGGCUCGGGCCGGCCGGAUUCCUGUGCCUACCGUCGGCGGGCAUUUACGGCAAUAUGGGACUGAAAGAUCAGCGGCUGGCGUUGCAGUGGGUGAGGGCAAACAUUGGCCGGUUCGGAGGGGACGCGCACAAUGUGACACUGUUUGGGGAGAGUGCCGGUGGCGUUUCGGCCCAUCUACAUUACCUUUCGGAGGGAUCGUACCAGCUGUUCCACAAGCUCAUAUGCCAGUCCGGGGUGGCGACUACGUCGAUCAUCUUUCAGAAGCAUCCGGAGCAGAAAGCGCGCCGUCUGGCGGAGUAUUUCGGGUGUCCGCCCGAUGCUUCCGAUCGCCAAGUGUUGGAUACUCUUUUGAAUGUUGCACCCGAGCAGUUGGCCAAAUCGCAAAAGGAGGCUCUCUCGGCACACGAGAAAACGCUCGACUCGGUGUACGCCUUUCGGCCGGUGGUGGAGCCGUCCGAUGCGAUUGAUCCGAUCGUUACGGAAAAUGCGUUCGAUUUGCUGCGCAGCUUCAACCGGCCGGGCAAGCCGAUGAUACUGGGAGUGGUCAGCGAGGAGGCACUGUACAAGAUUAACACCUUCCGACAGCACCUGCUACGGUACAGAGACGAUAAGGGUCGCUUCAUUCCGGAUUUGCUGAACGUUCCGGCGGGCGAGCGAUCGGAGGUGGCCGAUCGCAUUUUAGCGUUCUACUGCGGUACGACCGAGGUGACGCUGGAGAAGGAGUUCGAGCUGAGUCGCAUUUUUACCGAUACCAUGUACCUAAUUCCGACCGUACAGGCGGCAGAGCUGCAUCUUCGUCGUAGCAAAAGCGAUAUCUUUUUCUACCAUUUUGGCGCCGAGACGGAGCUGAACAAGUUUCGCCAGCAGUGGAAAGUGCCAGCGGAAUAUCGUGGCGCAAGCCAUGCGGAUGAUGUGUGCUACCUGUUCAGUGCGAGCUUCUUCCAUACGGAUGCGGUGGGGCAGGAUUCGCCGGCCUGGAGGUUACGAAAGGCGAUGUGCCACCUGUGGACCAGCUUUGCCCGGCGGAGAGUGCCACGGUUGGACGGUGAGGAGGUGUUGUGGACACCUUUGGAGGAACCGACCACGGAAUCGUUUAAUUUAACGGCACUAAACAUAGACCACCAGUGCGACAUGAGGAUGGUACCGAAUCACCUCGCUGAUCGUGUCGGUUUUUGGAGAGCCCUGUUUAAAAAGUAUAAUGGAGACCUGUUUGGAAGGGGAGUGAAGCCCGUAGAUAUGCCAUAAAAUCAUUGAACAGCAAUUCCGUUCUGAUUUAUCAUCCAAUUUAGGAAGUCAUUCUCAUUGCCAGCAAUCAGAGUGUGAGGCGAUGAAGAAAGACAUCAUGAGGGCCACACCCGAAAGUGUUGAAACCUUACUGAACCAACCUCAGUUAUUAUUUAAUGUCCCUGUAAUCAGAUUUUUGAUUGGUUAAUCUGCCUGUAAGCAUACUCUUCGAACGCCUUCGAUAAGAACUUUUAUCGUAAUUGAUAGCAAUGCCAUUUACGGUAUAGAGAGAGAUACAGAAAUUCCUAAAAUUAUAGCCAAAAAAUGUAAGUAACUAAAAUAAAAAACGAGC